UUGUGGAACAUGUUAUUUUAUUUUUAUUUUUUACCUUUUUUAUCUUCUUGUUCACCAACUUUAAAAAAAAAAUGGAAGGCUAUUUUGGCUUUCAAACAAUGACAAGCACGCCACGAACCUUUCCAGAAAUGGACCUGGUAGACGUACAAAAUAACAAGAUUAAUGUGCCAUUACUGGCAUCGACGCAUCGCCUAAUAUUAAUAACACUAAAGUGUGCUAGUUGCGCCACCUGUCCACAACUUUUAAAAAUUCUGAAUGUAUAUGGUCUGGAACCGGAUAUAAAUCAUUAUACCGACCCAUACACCCUCGCAGAGCUAAACAUGGAUUCUGACCGAAAACAAUUCUUCCGACUUUUAUUAAAAUAUGAUGCGUAUUUCAUUAUAGUAUGUCCUGGCACGGAUGAGGAGGUGGCAGAAAUCCAAAGAGGCACCCCAUUUAUGGACUAUCCAUUUAUAGCGGGUGAGGGAGCUAUGCAGCUGGCCAAAGCACUCAAGGUGCAGAUGAGCGAUACAUUGUUGAUGCCGGCCAUAUUAGAGGUGCGUAAGGAGACGUUAUUAGUGGAGGCUAUUCAUAUUGGUCGUGAGCCAGGUCGGUAUUUUCAUCAACACUUAUUGGGAAGAUUGAUGGAGGAACGAUAUAAAUUAGAGUCAAGUGCUAUUAUUUGUGUCAAAGAUACAUACAAGGUCAUGAAUCAGAUAAAAAGAAAACGGAUGAAAUGCCAACAAGGAAAUAUGGUGGCACUCUCUCUAGCUCUGCCCACCGCCUCUGUGUCGGCUAAAGAACCUGAGGUUAUAAAGAAUCAUAAACAAAUACAGGACUUACCAUUGGAAAUACUGGAAACUAUCUUUUCAUAUUAUUCCCAUGAUAUUCCAAGCCUCAUAAAGUCCGCCAGAACUUGCCGCUUGUUUUAUAUCACUGCAUGCAAUGUCUCUAUCUUGUGCCUGAAGAAUCAAAUGAUUUAUUUGAAACAAGCUUUGCCACAGACACACGACGGAGAGGUCAUUUGUCAUGAGGCGGAGGUACGAGAUCAAAGCCUAGAUCGUUGGUCCAAUAGACAUCCUAUUUCAUUUCGCGAAUUAGAAAAUCGUCUUGAAAAUGCAAAACAGAAAUUAUUACUUUUGGCUCAUUGGACGACCUCCACGAGGUUAUCAAAUGGUUAUUAAUAGCUCCAUGUUUAUUAUUGUUAUUCUAAAUUAUACGCGCAGAUCAAAAUACAUCUUUCUUUUUUUUACAAAA